AUGGCUUUUUCGGUCCGAGAAGUCUACUCCGGAAGGACAAUUUUAAUAACGGGAGCCACCGGAUUCCUAGGCAAAGUCAUCGUCGAGAAGCUGCUAUGGACAGUUGAUGACAUCGGAAAAAUUUACUUGGUGAUUAGGCCGAGAAAAGGAAAAGAUUCGCAGGAAAGAUUGAUGUCUCUGAUCAAGGAUCCACUAUUUGGCCGUCUUCACGAAUUUAAACCGCAAGCAUUCGACAAACUCAUUGCAGUCACUGGAGAUAUGAUGGAGGAGAACCUUGGAAUUCAACCACAUGAUUUGAAAGCAAUAUGUGAAGCUGUCAGCAUUGUAAUUCACAGCGCAGCAACUGUAAAAUUCGACGAACAUCUUCGUGAUGCAGUCAAUAUGAAUGUCAAAGGGACCACCAGGAUCAUCGCAUUGUGCCAUAAAAUUAAAAACCUGGCAGCAUUCGUGCAUGUGUCUACCGCUUAUGCAAACUGUGAUCGAUCUGAGACAGAAGAAAUUAUAUACGAUCCACCAGUUCCCCCCGCCAAAUUAAUGGAUGCGCUAACAUGGCUUGAUGAUGAAAGUUUGGGAAAGAUCACUCCAAAGAUUCUCGGAGCUCGACCAAACACCUAUACUUUAACAAAAGCGUUGGCAGAGACCCAACUCAAGAAUGAAGCCGUUGGACUUCCAGUGAUUGUGGUUAGACCAUCCAUUGUCGGGGCAAUGUGGGGUGGACCCCUUCCGGGUUGGACCGACAACAUUAACGGACCGACUGGGAUAUUUGCUGGAGUUGGAAAGGGAGUGUUGACGAACAUGUGUGGAAGCAAUCACUCUAAAGCAGACAUCAUUCCUGUUGACGUUGUUUCCAACAUGAUUAUUGUCUGUGGAGCUCAUAGAGCCUCGAACACGUUCACAAAGAUUCCUAUACUUCACUGCUCUUCCGGCGAGUUGAACCCGUUGUAUUGGGAGACCAUUGUCAUUUUCCUUGAACAGUUCUACCGCACUUACCCUAUGUUGGAAUGUUAUGGUGUUCCGUCAACCGAGUUCCACCAAAAUCGGAAAAUGUUUCUUUUCAACUAUUACUUGAAACAUCAUAUUCCGGCUGUGGUUCUCGACAGGUUAUCUGCUUUGUUUGGAAAGAAGCCGACAAAUGUCCGCCUGUACAAUAAAGUGUGGAAAAUGAUUGAGACAUUGCACUUUUUCACCACUCGCGGAUGGAAUUUCUCUUCACGUGGACUUCCAGAGCUGUACAAUAAGUUAAACGAUGAAGAAAAGAAGAUAUACAACUUCGACAUUCGUGAUCUAGAUUGGGAAUCGUAUUUGUUCGAUUAUGUAAUGGGUAUCAAGAAGUACAUCCUUCACGAGCGACUUGAGUCACUUUUUAAUGCUCGUCGAAACCUCACAAGACUUCGCCUUCAACGCGGUUUCAUGUUUGGCUUGAUAUAUUAUUUCAUCAAUCGAAUUUUUGGCAAGAGAUUAUCAAAAAGGAGCAAGUGGAUAAGCUGGCUGACAGCGAUAGUCGGCACUUAUACCUAUACGGAGGUGAACUUCCGAAGAAAAGUUCACUUGAAGUCAUUGGAAGAGUACAAGAAGAUGAGCGACUACAGACAAUACGUCUAA